AUGCAGACUGCUUCUACAAAUAUUUAUGAAAGACUGUGCAAUAAAUCCACCUGUGACAUUUCUUUGCUACUAAAUAUUCCACAGUCAACUGUUAGUGGUGUUAUAACAAAGUGGAAGCAACUGGGAACAGCAGCAACUCAGCCACAAAGUGGUAGGCCACAGAAAAUGACAGAGUGGGGUCAGCGCAUGCUGAAACGCACAGAAGUCGCCAACUGUCUGCAGAGUCAAUAGCUAAAGACCUCCAAACUUUGUAUGGCCUUCAGAUUAGCACAACAGUGCAUAAAGAGCUUCAUAGAAUGGGUUUCCAUGGCUGAGCAGCUGCAUCCAAGCCUUAAAUCACCAAGUGCAAUGCAAAGCGACGGAUGCAGUGGUGUAAAGCAUGCCACCACUGGACUCUAG